ACAUUAAACAACUACCAACUUCUCUCAUUCUCGAGUUGGGGGUGGAGCCACCUCCAGUCACCAGAGAAGUCCGAAUGGCGAAGAGCGGGAAGCUGAACAAGCUCAAGUGCAUGAUAAAGCGUUGGCAUUCUUCGAACAAGAUCACGCGCUCGGCCGGAGGCAGAGGCGGCAGCAGCGACUCGUCCUCCCGGUCAGCGACGUCGUUCCAAGGCGACGAGAUCCCGCCCGGGCUCCACACAGUCUACGUCGGCAAGUCCCGCCGGCAGUACCUCAUCCGCUCUGACCUGGCCGGCCACCCGCUCUUCCGGGUCCUGGUGGAGAGGUCGGGUGGGUCCGCCGCGGACGACUCCGGGACGGUGGUGGACUGCGAGGUGGUGCUCUUCGAACACUUGCUGUGGAUGCUGGAGAACGCCGACCCGCAGCCCGAGUCGCUAGACGAGAUGGUAGACUUCUAUUCCUGCUGUUGAUGGCGAAGCAGAUGUGGCUCUUCUUAGUGUAAUAGCAUGCUUAAACCAUUCGUUUUCUCUAUUCUGUUCUAGAUUCUCAGAUGUGGAUGAUCUUAGUUUUAAGGAUGUCCUACAAAAUAAUCAUGUAUAUUGUUAUGCAAAAGAAUUCAAGGCUGAUCGGUUCUUGUUUCUGGCCCUAUCAGUCUCUGGAAUAGUAAG